GGAGGGAGAGGGGAGAGAAGCUAGAGAGAGAAACGGCCAAAGGGCCCUGGGACUAGAGUGAGAAAGAGAGAGUAAAGGGAGAAACGGAGAGAAAACAGCGCAGAAAUUCGAAAUUCGGCAGCAUUUCUGUGUUGUUUUCCGUUCCGGUUCCAUUUCGGUCUUCCUCUCGUCAAUUGCCAAAAUUUCUUCCAUCCAUGAGCCGCUUAGGGUUCAAAUCCGUCGUCUACCAUGGCGAAGUGUGCCUUGGAGAACUGGACGCUAUUCCGGUGACCGGCCAGAAUUUCCUGUUCCCCAACAAUGAGAUACGUAUCCACCACAUAUCACAGAGCGGCCGCUGCUUGCCGCUUUCAGUUCUCCAAACUAUCUCUUCUUACUCCGUCCGCUGCAAGUUGGAGUCGUCGUCUCCGGUCGAGCAGCCGCAUUUGAUCAACCUUCACGCCUCUUGCUUCCAUGAACACAAGACGGCUGUGGUUUUGAUAGGAAAUGAAGAGAUUCACUUAGUGGCAAUGCCGAGUAAGGAGAAGAAGUUCCCCUGCUUCUGGUGUUUUGCAGUUCCUUGUGGUCUCUACAGUUCGUGCGUCACGAUGCUUGAUAUGAGGUGCCUUUCUAUCGUGUUUGAUCUGGACGAGACGCUUAUAGUGGCUAACACCAUGAAAUCAUUUGAGGAUCGGAUUGAAGCUCUUAAAGCUUGGCUUGCUCGUGAGGUCGAUCCUGUGAGGAUAGCAGGAAUGUCUGCAGAGUUAAAGCGAUAUAUGGAUGACCGGAUGCUCUUAAAGCAGUACUUAGAGAAUGAUUCUGUAAUUGAUGGCGGAAAAGUGUUUAAGGUUCAACUAGAGGAGGUUCCGCAGUUAUCUGAUGCUCAGGAGAAAGUCGUUCGACCUGUGAUUAGAUUGCAAGAAAGGAAUGUUGUCUUGACUCGCAUCAAUCCGGAGAUUCGUGAUACUAGCGUGCUAGUUAGAUUGCGGCCUGCUUGGGAGGAUUUGAGAAGCUACCUAACUGCAAAAGGUCGCAAGCGUUUCGAAGUUUACGUUUGUACAAUGGCUGAAAGAGAUUAUGCCCUUGAAAUUUGGAGGCUUCUUGAUCCUGGGUCUCAUCUGAUAAAUCCAAAGCAGCUCUCAAACCGCGUGGUCUGCGUUAAAUCAGGCUCCAAGAAAGCCUUAUUGAAUGUAUUUCAAGAUGGAGUUUGCCAUCCAAAAAUGGCAAUGGUAAUUGAUGACCGGUCAAAGGUUUGGGAAGACAAGGAUCAACCUCGAGUCCAUGUAGUACCUGCAUUUGCUCCUUAUUAUGCUCCUCAGGCAGAGAAUGCGAAUCCGGUGCCGGUCCUAUGUGUGGCAAGAAAUGUGGCUUGCAACGUCAGAGGAUGUUUUUUCAAAGAAUUCGAUGAGAUCUUAAUGCGGAGGAUUUCAGAAGUUGUUUAUGAAGAUGAAAUGGCAACUUUGCCUCCGGCUCCUGACGUGAGCAACUACAUGAUGUCAGAGGAUGCUGGUUUUGUACCCAAUGGUGCUCCAAUAACUGAAGGAAUGACUGGUGCAGAAGUUGAAAGGAGAAUCUAUCUACCAGAAGAGAGAAGUGUCAAAGAUGGAGUUGCUUAUCCAACAAGUAGCACUGACCCGAGAUCUGAUAUCUCCCAACCACCAGUUGCUGUAAAUCCAAGUCUUCUUGGUCCAACAUCUGCGAUGCUUUCUCAAAAACCUAGUCUGCUUGGAGCUCCUGUGAGACGAGAUGUGAGAAAUCAGAACUCUGGACAACCUCCUCUUCUGUCUCGAGUACCUGCACCACCCUUAUUACAGCCACAGGGGGGCUGGUUGGUGGAAGAUGAUGGUAGCAAACUCUAUACAAAUAGUCGGCCAUCAGGUCUUUUACAAGAUCCCGAGGCCCCUAAACUAGAUAGAUUGCGGACUGUUACAAAUUCAUCACAAGUAAAGAGUGAAGAGGUGUAUGCUGGCCCAGACGUGCAGAAACAAAACAUUUUACCUGGAAAUUUGCCAUCAGAUGUUGGUAUUCCCCUGAAUACAGGGUGUGCUAAUGGCAGCAGAGAGUCUCAGUCGGAAUUUGGGAAGUUGAAUGUGUUAUCUUCACAAUUGUCUAUUGGAGUUCUGCUGGAAAUCGGCCGGCGGUGCAGCUCUAAGGUUGACUUUAAGCCUGUGGUCAGCACCAGUAAGGACCUGCAAUUUUCUGUUGAGGUUUCGUUGAAUGGUGAGAAGAUAAGUGUUGGAAUGGGUAAAACUCGGAAGGAUGCUCAGCAGCAAGCAGCAGAUAAUGCCCUUCGCAAGCUGGCAGAGAAGUAUGUAGCAUAUGUUACACCUCAUUCUGGAGCAGCGGGCCGAGAUUUUGAUAAACUCUCUUCCUCCAACGAAAAUGGAUUCCUUUGGGACACGUUGAAUCCUGCGGGGCCUAGUGGAGCAGGAGGGCAGGAAGAAGGCAUGCCUAAAGAGGAGAGUCCUGAGGCUGCUGAAGCUGAAGCUGAAGCUGAAGAUGAUACCGCCGCCCCUUCCAACUCGGCACAUCAGCCAGGGCAGAAGCGCGCCAUUUCUCCUAGGUUGUCGCAGUCUUUCUCGAGCAAGCGACCGAAAGAGGAAGUGGUUCGAGGUUUGCAAUUACAUCGGCAGAAGAAUGGGCAUAACUUUUCAUAGCAGAAGCACACCCCCUAAUAGAGUCCCUUCAACGAUACAGAGAAGCCCCCUAAUAAAACUUAGGCCUUGGAAUGCCAUUAUAUCUCUCUCGUUCGGUUAGUCUACCUUUUCACUCACUCUUUUGGUUAGUCCCGCGAGAUACCAGCGUAUAGGUUGUUGAUUCAUUUUCUAUAAUUGUUGUUUUCUUGGGUUAUGAUAUGUUGUGGAAAGAUGGGUGCUUUUUGUUUGUAGUCAUUACAGUCCCAUCGUUUGUAUCCACUGUUUGUACUCUACUCGCCACCAUUAAAUUGUAAAUCCUUUUCCGUAAAAUGCUUCUCCAUUGUCUAUGACUCUAUGUUCUUGUUCCAAUUUUUCAUCAAUUUUCUUUUCCGAGUCAAUAGCCUUUGUCUUGGCGGCUCGACCACUUUCAGACUUGGGAUAAACCUUUUUAAAUAGG